AUGCGGUCGAUUUCGUCACCGGUGGAGUCGGUUCCAGUCACCAUUGUUGUGGAGUUGCCCCCUGUCGUGCCUGCUGUCCGUGCCGGUCCCGCUGAUGUCGGUUCGGCCCAACUGAAGGACCCCAUCGGCGGUCGUCCUCCUGUAAGCGUACCACCCGCUGAUGUAGUGGCGUUGUCUCGCCGUGUCGAGGCCUGUGAGGGUGCUUUGUCACCACAUUGCUGUUCACUCCAAUGUGAGCGCUUGAAAACGGAGUCAAAUGACUCGAGCGCUCUCGUGUCGCAGCUUCGCGAGAAGCUGUAG